CCGUUUUAUAGUGAUCGGGAAAAAAAAAAACUUGCUUUGCAGAUUCCACGAAUAUGCUUGCAUUGACUCACUAGCUGUGACUGUGUGCAACAGCUUUGAUCGCCCGCCUAAUUCAUCUUCGUGUGAGCUCCCUACUCCCGGCCACGGAGAACAACUCAGUUUCCGAUAAUGUCAUGCGGUACCCAAGAGGAACAAAUCAUCUUAGAUACUCAGGAUGCUCAAGAUGCUCCAUUGCAGUCUCUGUUUCCCCCCGAGCAAGAUGAUCCUGAUGAUUUAGACUAUGAAAACUAUGACGACGAGGUCAAUGUCUUUGUCGAAGAACGCGAAGUACACAGCAAACCUCAGGAUUGGUUAGGGAACAGCGAUGAAGAAACUUCGUUGUCAUCCGAGGGUGACUCUCUUGAAAGGCCAAACAGAUUCGAAGGUUCACGACGGUCCUGGCUCUCGUGGACCAAGAGUGAAAGACAGGAAGUGACCGCUCUAGAAACUAUACGUGCAAGAGACCUAUCACUGCAUCUUUAUAAUGCUUUUGCGCUGAAGAGAAGAGCAAAGAAAGUAAGAGUGGAACGAUCUCAAAACAACAAGGAAGAAGAUCGCAUCGACAAUGCAAACGAGAUUUACCGUGAAGACCUGCUCUCUAUAUUUGCGCCUAGUAGGACGUGGACUGCGUGGCCCUUGCCUACAGAAAUUGUGCCCAGGACUGUGGAAAAGGUGAUAAGAGACGAGGAUGAAGACUGGACCUUACGGGGCGAAAUCGAUUCGCGGCCAAGUGCAGAGUUGGAGGACUGUCUUAUGGCCCAAAUGAUGAAAUUCGCAAAGGAAAGAUUUGAAUACCGGGAAUGGUCCCAGAAAUCGGCUUGCUAUCGAGGAAAGGACACCAAUCCCGGCUCUGAUAGCGAAGCCAUGCCAUCAGAAAAAGAUGAUGAAAGAGGUCAUCCAACAAGCAUUGCGGGAACCCUCCGCCCGGUGGUACAAGCUGACGAUGAGGAAUCAAAACGGAUUAUGCGCCCGGAAGCUCGUCACAUUAUUAGCAAGCUCGACGAUCUAUUCUUGAACCUUUACCAUGCCCGGAGAGCUUAUCUUACAGCUACUGAUAUGGCUCAGUCUGGAGACGAAACUGGAGACGAAAAUACGAAGGGAACCCCGACCCCACUCUAUGAAGGAAGAAAGCGUAAACGAACGGCUUCUCACCCAAAUAGCUCCCAUGCCGAUGGAGAUGGGUCGGGCCCCUCGCCUAUCCCUCCAAAGAGCAGAAAACGAUUAAAACGUAGCGAUCCACGAAAGAUCCGGUUGGGACUCCGAGACUGGAGUGAUGUUCUAGGGAUUGCAUCGCUGGCGGGAUGGCCUAAUCCAGCCGUGAUGCGCACCGCGCGGCGCUGUGCAGACCUCUUUGGUCAGGAUAUGCUGUUCCAAACUCUGGAGGAAGGCAAAGUGGAGCUUGAACAGGACAAGGACGGGUCAGCGUCCUGGAAGUACGUUGAAGAUAGCAAAGAGAAUGACGCAGCAAUGGUCGAUGACGAUACGCCGGUCCCAAAAUAUAUUGAUAGGCCAAAAGAACAUGCAGUAUUCUGUCCCGUGGAAGAAUGUAAACGUCAUAAGCAGGGCUUUUCUAGGACGUGGAAUUUGAAUCAACACUUGAAAACAAAACAUCCUACAUUGGUGGCGGUUGAAGAGAGAGGAAAGACUGACUAG